GGUAAUCCAAUAUUGAUAUCUUCAUUUGCUUCGACUCAACUACUUCCUACCCCUCCAUCGUUCACCCCAAUUCCAGCAAACGAUGGUUUCGAAGAAAGCUUCCCACCGGCCGCCUCCGGGCGUCGGUCUCGACGCAAAGCCCCGCAACAAGAUCCAGCGCAAACUCCUCCAUAUCAAGCGCAAGCGCGCCAAGGACUCUUCUCGCCGUGCCGAACGAUAUGCUUUCAAGAAGGAAGAGGCCAAGAACCCCAAGCUGAAGGAAGAGCGUCUGAAGCGCAACAUUCCCCUGACCAUCGACCGCAAGCGAGUCUGGGAUGACGCCGGCAGCGACGUCGAGGACGGUCUGGGAUUGAGCGUGGACGUCGAGCGCAUCAAGCGGCGCAAGCAGGAGGAAGAGGAAGAGCUGAACCGGCCCCUGAACGAGGACGAUCAAUCCUCCGACGCUGAAGAAGAAGAAGGAUCAGAGGAUGACGAGGACGACGACGUGGACAGCAUGCUCGCCAGCAGUGACGAGGAAGACGAAGGCGCCUCCGACGACGACGACGACGACGACGACGAAGACGAAGACUCAUCCUCCGGCAAGAAGAAAUCGAAAUCCUCCUCCGACUCGACUCGCGGCCGCAGCAAAUCAUCCCUCCCCACAGCCACAGAGCGCGCCACCAGCCCCUCCCAAUCGACCAAGAGCACCAACCUAAAUCUCGUCCCCGAAGCCCUAGCGUCCAAAUUUCCCUCCCUCUUCAGCACCGAGAACCCCAAGUCCCCUAAGAUCCUCAUCACGACGUCCCUCAACUCGUCCCUUCACCACGAAGCCGAGCUCCUCACCGACCUGUUCCCCAACUCCGUCUACGUCCGCCGCACGCGCCACCGCUUCGCGCACCAGUUCUCCAUCCGCGAGAUCUCCAAGUUCGCCACGAACCGCAACUUCACGGCGGUGGUGAUCCUCCGCGAAGACCAGAAGAAGCCCGCCGGUCUGGACAUCGUGCAUCUCCCCACGGGACCCAUGUUCCACUUCUCCAUGACGAACUGGGUCGAGGGCAAGCGCAUCCCGGGUCACGGACGCGCUACGGACCACUGGCCCGAGCUGAUUCUGAAUAACUUCCGCACGCCGCUGGGUCUGUUGACGGCGCAUUUGUUCCGGACUUUGUUCCCGCCGCAGCCUGAUAUCGAGGGCCGGCAGGUCGUGACGGUGUUGAAUAGUCGUGAUUACUUGUUCUUCCGUCGUCAUCGGUAUGUGUUCCGGGAGAAGAGGGAGACGGAGAAGGCGGUUGUGGGUGCCGAUGGAAAGGAGAUGAAGGGCGCGGAGGGGAUUAGAGCGGGUAUGCAGGAAUUGGGACCCCGGUUUACGUUGAAGUUGCGCAGAGUUGAUAAGGGGAUCCAAAGAGCUAGUGGACAGGAGUGGGAGUGGAAGGGGCAAAUGGAGAAGACGAGGACGAAGUUCCAGUUGUAGUUUCUUCUUUGCUUCAUACUUGUUUGGUAACUGCCCGCUGUUGUCUUUGUUUUGUUUUGUCUAGCCUGUUGAUGUUGUGCUCGACUGCAUUGGGUUCGGGGCGUUAGGAUAAAAAAGGUCUCUUCUGUUGUUUGUUCACUUGCUUUCUAUUGUUGUAUGUACGUUGGAGAUAUCACAUCUAUAUGGUCUGUGC